AUGAGAUUUCCAUUCAGAUAUACGCGAUCGCAGCUUGAGCUUUUCCGGUUUUCGUUUUGCCUGCUUUCUCCCGUCGCAGUGAUGUACUACAUCGGUACAGACACCGAUAAGAAGCUAAACGUGCCAGGGUUCUGGCCUGAUCCAGAAACACUGAACAAGAUCCCCAAGGAACCUUACGAGAUCAAGGCAGAACUCGCCAGAAUGAAGAAAGAGAGACUGGAGAAAAGGCUCCGUUUGGAGAAAAAGAUUGCCGAAGAAUACGGGAUAGACAUCGAGGCCGAAAAGAAGAAAAUAAGAGAGGAGGAGAUGCAUCAGGCACAGAAAGCUCAUGCUGGCAAGUAG